AUGUCCGAGAACAGAUUUGUGUGGAGCAGUGCUUCCCUUGGGGCACUUCUGGAGGAGUGGCAGGAAAAUGUGACUGGAUUCCGUGGAGUUCGCAAGAACUCCCACAUUUAUAAAGAAAUAGCAGAGAACCACAAAGAGUAUGGACCAACCGCUAAAGAAAUAAAAAAUAAAAUUCAUAACAUGACGAAAAAAUACAGAAGCGAGCUGACCAAGAUGGGGUCAUCGGGAGGAAGUCCCUCUCGAUGGGAACAUUUCCAAGCGGUGCAAUAUAUAUUGCAGGGAGAAAAAAAGAUUGAGAGGUCUCCGAUAGAGAGCACAGAUUUUUCGACAAUGACGGACGUUUUCAGCGAUGAAAGCCAGAUUCCAGCGCCAUCGACUUGCUCUCGAAAGAGACGUUCCGACCAACUUAAUGAGCUGUUAGAAGUGGAAAAGAAAAAACUGGCCGUCAUGGAGAGGAUGAUCUUUUGUCAACUGGAUCAUAACAGCAACCUCAACAACAGUUGGAGCGUUGAAUCUCCCAGCAUAUUCACCUAA